CCGGCUGUCUAUCACUAUCUCCCGUGCUUCAUUACAGACAAAGGAAUCUCUCCGUAGGCAUUCAGCAUGUCCAAAGAGCCAAGCUCCAACUUGGAAAGCGCCAUGCAGAUGCUCAUCAAGACCUUUCAUAAGUAUUCCGGGAAGGAAGGAGAUAAAUACACGCUCAGCCGAGGAGAACUAAGGGAACUUCUGACGGAGGAGCUGGGAAAUUAUCUUGGGAGCGCUCAAGAUAAAGACGCGGUGGAACGAGUGAUGAACGACCUGGAUGCCAAUAAUGACGGCGAGGUGGACUUCACCGAGUUCAUCAUCCUCAUGGGUGCGCUGACUGUGGCCUGCAACGAUUUCUUCCUGGACAGCCCGGCACCCAAAAAGCCUGAGAGCAAGGGCGAUGCAGCCACAACAGAGGAAAAGAAAGAGUAAUGAGUGCAUGCUACCAGCACAGAGAGAGAAAACGGAGCAAAGUAUUAGUAGGUUGCAUGGUUGAGAACAAGAGAGUGUGUUUCAUCCAUUUCUUUUAGCAGGACCGACAAACCUAGUUCCUGGAGCACUUUUCUCUGCUUUUAUAAUUCAACCGAAGCUUUUAAUAUGCUUGACUGACAAGCCCUGAAGGCAAAGACUUGGGGGUUUGACAGAAACACUCAUCAGUUCAGUGCCAGGGGCUGGUUUGUCUAACGCUGAACAAUUUUUUUUCUAGUUAAUGAGAAGUUCUUGAGUAAAGUCUUUUCAGGAUCUGUUUCAUAUGAGCGCAGACAUUAUAUACAGCUAUAUAUAGUGUUUUUGGAUGAAGAUAUAGCAGCAAAGUGUAUUUUGAGUGCAAUAAGUGGCUACUAAAUGAAUGUCAAAGCCUGUAUUGAUAGAAAGUGGUGAGUUAUAGACAGUUAUGAAUGCUCAUUGUUAAUCGUACUAUGACUUGAAA